AUCGCCGCCGAGUUCAAACGCGCGAGCCCGUCCAAGGGCCCCAUCAACGUCGACGCGGCCAUCGCCGACGUCGCGUCGCUCUACGCGUCCGCCGGCGCGUCCUUGAUCUCCGUGCUCACGGAGCCCGACUGGUUCCAGGGCUCGCUCGACGAUUUGUACGCGGCGCGCGAGGCGGUCCACGGGCUCGGCGCGCGGCGGCCCGCGCUGCUGCGCAAGGACUUCGUGUCGCGGCCCGUGCAGGUGCUGGAGGCGCGGGCCUACGGCGCGGACUGCGUGCUGCUGAUCGUCGCGUGCCUCGAAAAGUCGGAGCUCCGCGCGCUCGUCGAGGCGUGCGCGGCGCAGAACAUCAUGGCGCUCGUCGAAGUCCACACGGAGGCGGAGAUGGCGUUGGCCCUCGACUGCCCCGGCGUCGAGUGCAUCGGCAUCAACAACCGCAACCUGCACUCCUUCAAGCUCGACAUGUCGACGACGGAGCGGUUGAUGAGUUACGCGCGAUCCCGGGGCGCGUCGGAGGACCUGGUCUUCGCGUCCCUGAGCGGCGUGUCCAUGCGCUCCGAGGUGGUGGCGCUCAAAGACGUCGAGUGCGUCCUCGUCGGCGAGGCGCUCAUGCGGAGCAGCGACCCCGCGCGCCUCGUCGCGGAGCUGAAAGGG